GGCAUGAUGGUUAUUGUGGCACGCGCCAUUGGGCGUGGAAAGAAGCAACAUCACAUGACGACACUGGAUACUUCAUUAGUGCUUGGAUAUAAUCUCUCACCAGCCCGGAUAUAAACUCGCACGAUCCCCAGAUAUCAUCUCUCCAGAUACAACUCCCCACAAUCCAUCCACUGCAGAUACAACCACGCCCAGAGGCAUCACCAUGGACUUUCAGCACCCCUACUAUGCCGGCCAGGAAGCCUUCCCGCCGCCACUCCCAAAUCACCUUAGCUCAGACUACUCGCCAGCGCUUUCCAUCAUGCAACAGUUCCAUGCAGACCUGCUCCGCAUGGAUGAAGAGCAUCUCCAGCACCGCGAUCAAACUGCCUCUACUUCUGAAGUCACCUCCCCAUUCUCUGACGACGAGCCACUACCCGACACCAUCCUGAGCAGGGUACGAACCUGGUAUCGCAGGCUCUCACGUCGACGGUCUAGCGAUGUCUCAACCCCUUGAAGAGGAAACAUGAUAUCGUCAUGCAGGUACCAGUUUGCAUGCGAUCGCACUAGUCGCGAUCUCGUUCCAGCUUUCCGGGCCGCCCGUCGCCGCUAUUCGAUACAACCCACGGCCAUCCCGUCAUCGAUCGCGGGCGAUCUAGCGUUGACGAUUUGACAUUUAUGCGACGUCACACCACCGGCCCGGUAGAA